UUUUAUGGUUGGGUGUACUCCCUGGAGCUCCUCGCUGUCUUUGCACUGGAAGUCUGGACUCUCCUGGAGCACAAAGUUCUCAGCAGAUCCUCAGCAGAGUGGGCUCUGAUUGUUAACCCAUCUUUUUUUGGUGUUUUUUGGAGGGCAGCAGGUGCAUUGCUGAUGAGCUAAUUGAGGGUCCAGAUCUGGGCGGCUCUCAGCACCUGGAGUAUUAUACGUUUCGCCGUUUGUUUUCUUUAUUUUAAACGGAUCCCUCCUGCUUUGUUCACCUCUUCUACCGUUACCAGCAUCGACGGUGCAGGAGGGAAAAACAAGCAGAAGUGGAAGAAGACUGAAGAGCUCUGUUUGGAAGUAGGGAAACAUAUGUGAGGGUGUUUUUACCGUCCUCUGAGCAUGCAAAUAACUUCAUCAGGCUGGGAAUAGACCCGGGGAGACAGACACCUCCUAACCUCGCCGUCUGCUGCAGCACUGAAGGCUUGCGUGUCAGCUGAUGAGCUCAACAGCAUGAGAUGACAGCACCAGAAAGCAUGCACGGUUGUAAAUAACAAUUCCUGUGGGAUAAACAGUAUUCUCUAGAAGUGUGGAAAUCUCUUCCUCCACCCCUUCGAUGAAAUGAGCGAGUAAAGGGGCGGAUGUUUUUCCAACUAACUGGAUUGCCUAAUUAUUCCUUUAAGUUUUGGAAUCAUGCCCAAAAAAUGUCAAUCAAAAAGUAAUUCAAAAGAUGUGGAAGGAUGGUUUAAAAAAAGAUCAUUUCCGUUUUGUAAAAGGAUGAUGUGAGGGAAGUUGGGUGUAACCUGAUCGGAGCCGUGAUGUGGACUCAGACAACAAACUGUCUUACUGAUGAAGUUCCUCCUGAUACAAGUUUGCUCAUUGAUGUGGAAUCUGAUUAGAACGUUCCUGGAUCUUUAUUGCUUCCACUCAACAUUUGGACUCCUAAAGCGGACAUUAAACUACUGGAUCUGUUUCUAAGGAGGAUAAUUAUCUUAAACGGUUUCAUCCGAUCUCUUUCUAAACCUGUUUCUCUGAGCAAAGAUGAGAGGAGACCAAAGAUCCGCUUCCUUCCACCCGGAGAAGCCGGCAGGCCUGUCACGGGCUCUCAGCUGGCUUAGCAUGUCCCCGCUCGCCCACCAGGGGAGGCGUUUCUUCCACAGCCAAAACGAUCUCCGCAUGCCUCCAAACCGCCGCUCGCGUUCGCGGACUCAUCUUCACCUGCCACAAAAAGAAGAGGAUGAGGACCAUGACAACUGGGUGUACAGACCCCAACACAAAAUAGCUGUGUCUAACCUGGAUGAGGAGAGCAAAUGGACAGUCCACUAUACAGCUCCCUGGCAUCAACAAGAGAACGUCUUCCUCCCAGGCAGCAGGCCGCCCUGUGUAGAGGACCUCCACCGGCAGGCAAAAGUCAACCUCAAAACUGCUUUGCGAGAAUGUGAUAAGUUGAGGAAAGAUGGUUUCCGGAGCUCCCAGUACUACUCUCAGGGUCCCACCUUCUCUGACCCUAAACAGGCCAGCCUACAGGAUGAAGAGGAUGAUGAAGAUGACAGAAAGUCGACAGCCUCAUCAGCGGAGGAUGACAAAUCUCAGCUCUCCAUGAGAUCUCCGACGCCGCAAGCAGGUAGCGAGACAGGGGAGGCGUCUGAAGCAGACGGACGGGUGGUAUGGAACAAGGCCGCUCCCCUUCCCACCCCGGAGGAGAAGAUGAGGCAGGUGGCUCAGGCUGUGCCCACAGAUGUGGUUCCUAUCAACAUCACAGGGGCAGUGUUUGACCGCCAGGCGAGCAUCCGGCGCUCCCUCAUUAACACUGACACCGUGGCCCGCCGGCCCAAGAAGGUCAAACGCAGAAAGACUAUAUCAGGGCUGCCUGACAACAUCAACCAGGAGCUAGCAGCUAAAGGGCGAGGCGGAGAGCUUCGGCCACAUUCGAUGUUCAUCCCAGGUCAGUACUCCACCCUGGGCCGAGCUGCCAGCGUCAACUCCACCCUAAGACACUCAGACACCAGAGACUCCAGCUGCCAGACGGAGGAAGUGAAGAUUGUCCCCCCGUCCAUGAGAAGAAUCCGGGCGCAGAGAGGACAGGGGAUCGCUGCUCAAAUGGCCGGUAUCUCUGCCUCCUCUUCAACGGGAAGCAUCUCCGUCUCCAGCACUGACAGCUCGGGGGUCGUGAUGCUACCGCAUCAGUUUAACGGGGACCCCUCCCGUUUUCACAGCCUCCCACGACAAGGCGCCAGGGUGUCCCUCAGUGCUGAUCCGAUCUACAGCAGCACGCCCAUAAAGUCAGAGGAGCAGCCUCAGAGGCAGAUAGGGAAGCUUCAGGUGGACGACACUGUGGUGCACAUGAGGAAUUCCCCAAGAAUGAACUCUCUACCCAGGCCAAAGUCUCAAGAGGUGAGGAGGACUACAGAGUGGGGUGGCAGUACAGCAUGCGUAGUCUCCCCUCAUGCUGCUUAUUCCACCUCCUACAUCCCUAACGCCACCCUGUCUAGCUCCACUGAGGUGAUGAGCCUCAAGCCCUCCAACCAGUCGCCGGUUUCAGUCUACCCCACAUCUCGAGCUCUCAACCAGGCUUCCUCCACCAGCAGUGACCUCUUGAUGUCCAGUCCGACAGCUUUCAGCCACAGUCCAGCCUUGGCCUCCUCCACCCCCCUGCACACGCCUCAGGACAUCAGUCUGCCUCCUGGCAGGCCAGCGAGUGAGUCAGGUCACUCCGAUAGCAGCAUCCACAGCCACAGCACACUGGCCCCCACUCCGCCAUCCUGCCUCCCAGAGGAAAACUGGAUCUAUGACACGCCUGAAAACGUGGUGGCUCCACACCGCACCCUGACCUCCAGCUGCUCCACCCCCAUCAACCAGCUCUACAGCAGCUUGGACCACUCCUCCAGGACCACCACCGACUCCAGCUCCCUCUACUCUCAGGACAACGACGGCUACUACACCUCUAUGCACCUGGACUCAGGUUUACGUUCCCGCAGCCACGGCAGCGGCAACGGCGCCACACUCGGACGCGCCUCUAGACACAGCAUGUACGAGUGUCGCGAGGCGGUCGUCGAGGAAGACUCUGGCAGCCUGUACAGUGACCGCUCCCUCUCCCGCAGCAUCUCCCUACGCAAAUCAAGGAGGCCGCCUCCUCCUCCGACUCGGACAGACUCUCUGAGACGUAAGCCUGCGGCGAAGAAGCCCCUUGGCGGCGAAGUGUCGAACGGUUGCAUGCUCAGUGAGACUCUGAUCGCCAGCUUGCAGCAGAGCUUACAGAUUGGACUGAGAGGGGGGAAGGGGAAGGGCGCCUCACCCUCCUCGCCCUCCCACAGCCCGAGCAGUGACUAUGACGAUCCCUGGGUGAUGCGGUCACGCAGUCAGAGCAGUAUCAGCGCCGGGAGCUCGGCAGCCUCCCUGGCAGCUAACGCUAAUUCUGCGGCCCUGCAGAACGUUUACUCGCUCUGCCAUGUGACCCCCACCCCCAGCGACACCAGCAGCCUGCGUUCUGACUACGCAGACUCAUGGGGGUACUACUCAGACUACCCGCGUAGCCAGACAGACCAGCGGGCGCAGACGCCUCCCGGCCACGCCACAGAUAAGCUCCCAGGUGGCGGUCAUCCAGGAAAGUUCCAGAACGGAGGUCAAACCCAUGGGGGUUCAGCCCAGGAGGUGGAGGCGUCUGUGAAGAGCAAAGCCGGCUCCUCUCCGGACAGGGUGCACAGACUCACCUCCCCAUCCAGCGGCUAUUCCAGCCAGUCCAACACCCCCACUGCUGGAACGCCGGUACCAGCUUUCGUCAGGUCCAUGUCUCCGUCAGGUGGCAGACCCAAACCCAGAGUCCCAGAGAGGAAGUCCUCCCUCCUCUCCUCAGUUUCUGUCUCCUCCUCCUCCACAUCACUGUCCUCCAACACCUCAGACAGCCUGAAGAGUUGUGCCCAACCACCACCUCCUCCUCCACCGCUGCUCUCCUCCUCAGCUCCCAGCACCCCUCUCAGUGCUCCUCCACCCUUCCCUCCGCCCCCUCAAGAUGCUUCCCUGGAUCCCCCCCCUGCUUGCUCCACUUCCUCUGAUUUCCCUCCUCCUCCACCGCUGCUCUCCUCCUCAGCUCCCAGCACCCCUCUCAGUGCUCCUCCACCCUUCCCUCCGCCCCCUCAAGAUGCUUCCCUGGAUCCCCCCCCUGCUUGCUCCACUUCCUCUGAUUUCCCUCCUCCUCCAUCCCCAGACAUCCUGAUCCAUAGCAGCUCGUCUUUCAAUGGGAGCCUCAGUCCGCCACCUCCCCCGCCUCCUCCCCCUCCCCCUCCACUGCCUACUUUUCCUUUAGCGUCUUCCUUGCCUUUUAAGAAGGGAGCUAAAGAUCCUCCCAAGGCAGGUCCUCCCAGUAGCCCCUCAAAGUCUCCCAAACCCCUCAUCACCCUGUUUGCACUUCAGAGCGUUCAGCUCCGCUCAGUCAGACGACAAGAAAAUGAAAUCAACAGUAAAUCAGAGCAGAUUGAAGCUCAGGAAACCAGGAUAGAAACCAUUUUGGGUGUGAAAAAUCAGGACUGGGAGCCACCCAACUCUGCAGAGCCCCCCACCGCGCAGACCGGCUCUACUGGGCAGGAUUUGCACGAGACCCAACCGUCGCCAGUGUCAAAGCUCCUGGAAGAGCUGUCACUGGACGGUAGUUUCUCCGAUGAAACACCAGAUGGCGCUGAUAUCAACGGGGAAUCCAAGGAACGGAGUUACUGUUUGUUAAACAGAGAAGGAAACGAGCAUCAGGACUCGUCACAUAGCUGCGAAGUGACCCCCAUCAAACAGCCCCCGGCAGUCGCCCAGAAACCAAAAGUUUCACUAAUCCUCCCGUUUAACCAAAGCAAAAAUGUUAGUGUGCAUCCUCAGGAUAGUCUGUCUAUAACCCAGGCAGCAGAUGAAGUGGAUGCGCUGCCUGGGCAGAUGAAGGAGGAGCUGAUAGAGAGGACAGAGCAACAGGAUGAGGAAGAUACCAAAGAGCUGUCAGGGGGAGGGGAGACAUCCCCUGACCAGGAGGACUCCUGCUUUACAUCUGAAGAUACAAGUGUUGGUCAUCAUCUUCCAAAUGGAGAGGUGCAGGAGGAGGAAGAGGAGGAUGAAGACGGACUGAGCAGCACCACCGGGUCCAUCAGCUCCAAGGAUGAUGAUACAGGGGAGGUUUUUGAACCCAGUACGGCUGAAGCAUCUCCGUCCCCGUCAGUAAACGGGGCAUCAGAAAAAAUCAUGGUGACCCCAACUCCUACUCCUGCUCGACCCAGAACCACAGAGGACCUCUUUGCUGUAAUACACAGGUCAAAGCGGAAGGUCCUGGGGCGUAAGGAGUCUGAGGAAGAAAAGUCCCGAACCGGCAGCCAACCCCAGUCUCCUCCAUCAACCCCCACCAGCCUGUCUCCAGGAUCACCUCUGCCCCGCCAGUCCGGCCCCAUCCAGCGCAACCUCCGCAAGACCUCCACCAGCAGCGACACCUUCAAGGCCCUCCUCCUCAAAAAGGGAAGCCGCACAGAGACCAGCUUCAGGAUGUCUGCCGCCGAGAUGCUUCGCUCCACCGACCCGCGCUUUCAGCGGACGCGCUCCGAGGGCUCUAUGGACCCCGCCCUGGCUUCGCCCACCUCACCAAUGGCUCCAAACAGCCCCUCCAACUCUCCAGGCAGAGGUAAGAGGGCGACAGAAGAGUGGAGCCGCUAUGACGCCUACGGCCUCUCAUCGCCCACGUCUUCGCCCUACUCCAUGGGCAUCUCAAAAUACGGACGCUCGCGCACGCCGCCGUCAGCCGCCAGCAGCAAAUACAACGCUCGCAACCGACUCCUCAGCAGCCCCAUGACUGUGAUCUGUGAGCGCGAAGGAGAGCUGGCUGAGAGCGAGUGUGGAGAAAGCGCGGAAAAUCAGUCCGAACCAGCAGUGCAGACUCUCACCGUGCUUACAGACUCUAACGGCACAUGAGGAGCUGAGCUCCUGUGGAACAAACCUGGAAGGAGUCCUGAGGAGGAGCCUUCCUGAGCGACCAGCCCCCUCAACGCUGCCUCUGAAGGGUCCGACGUGACGCCGGCGGUCGCCUGACCAUUCAAACCUGUCUGACGUGGGAAAAUGGUCCUGCUCCUCUCAUUUCAUUCUCUCCUCAAUCUUCUAGCAAUGUCCCUCAAAGUACCAGAUUUGGAGGAUGAACUGAAGUGGGCUGAAGGAUCGCAGGAAGCUAAACAUUUAAGUUUGCGGCUGUGUUGUUUUUUAUGAGAAAGAUCUGCUUUCUGCUCAGCUUGUAAAUCUCAGUUUCUGCUUUUUACUGACUGGUUUUAGAAAGUGACUGAUAGCAGCCGUGUUUACAAAUGUCAAAAAGAAAACCGGAUUAAGGAUGAGGUACAUCAAACAUAAAACCCGUCGGUACACACUCUAGAAACACCAGCUUUUCAUCAGUGGUUCAUUGGGAGAACACAGGGGCUCAGUGCUGCCACCUAGAGACUGGAUCAUAACAUCUUCACUUUCUGUUUGUAGACUUUUGCACUGUCCAUAGAUCUGUUUUUGUUUGUGACCUUAAAAUAUGUUUUAAAGAUGAUUUUAUUCAUGAGUUGUGUUUGGGAGUUAAAUAUGAACCUGUAAAUGUUUAUUAAAGAAAUCUUAUGUUAUUUUCCAGCUCUUUUAGUUUUGUAACCAAAGAGUUGAAUAUUAAACAGAACUGGCUGUUGAUCUGAAUUCAGUCUGUGUCUUUAUGUCUAAUAACAGAUCUAUUUGGUGUUUUAAAAUGAUUGACACUGUCCAAGUAAAUCUGAUUAUUUUAUAAACUUAAGGUUUAGAGCACUUUUUUCCCCUCUGUUAAGAACUGUUAUUACUCAUAGAUGGGUAUUGUUGUUGUUUAUAGAUCUGGGUUGAUUCACAUGUUCAUGUCAAAUUUAAUAAUUUGUUUCUUUUUCUGACUUUUUUUUAAAGCACAAAUCCAAAAAGAUGUUCAGAUGGAUGGACGAUCUGUCUCUCAUAAACAUAAACCAUUCUA